AUGUCCACCCCCGGAUCCGCGGCGUACUACGACCGCAGCCGACGCGCGGUCGCGGGCGCGGCGAUGCGCGCGGACGUCGACUUCCACGCCGGUCUGCGCGAGGCGGGCGUGCCCCCCGUGACGCCGUCCGAGGCGGAGGUGGACGCGCUGCUCAUGCGCCUCGCGGACGGUUCGCCGUCGCUCCUCGCCGAGGCUGGGCUCACGCCUCGGAGCGCGCCGCCGCCGCGAGAGAGGCCGAAGCCGCCGUGGGUGGAACCGAAGCCGCGACGCGACGCGAGAGAGGGCGGCGCGUGGAAGAACGUCGAGGCGAUGUCCCCGGCGAAGGGGGGCGGCGCGCACCGCGAUCCGUGGUGGCACACGACCGCCAACGCCGACGAUUCCGACGCGACGGCGACGACGACGACGACGCCGGCGGCGCGCGCGAGCAGCGCGUCGAAGCGUUCGAUCACGUUCCACACCCCAGACGACGUCCGCGCGUCGACCGCCGCGGCGAAAAACUUCAGCGCGCUCGCGGCGUCGACGGCGAAGGCGGCGAACCGACUCGACGCGGCGCGGGCUCGAAGGUUCAUCAACGCCAACGCUCGGAACGGCGCGUCAUCCGCGUCGCCGUCGUCCGCCGCCGCGGUGCGCGGCACGCCGGGGCCGGGCGGCGGCGGCGACGACGACGAAGACGGGUGGGACGAAGACGUUCGAAGCGACGACGCCGCGAUCGCGGCGGGCGACGGCGGCGACGGCGACGUGCGCGACGGCGCGCGACUGCCCGUCUUUGAACGCCUGUACCGCGCGGUGCCGUCGGGCCAACGCGAGAAGUUUACGUUUCCGUCGCCGCCGCCGCCGCCCGCGGAGUACGACGCGGACGACGACGCGCGCGACGACGCGCUCACGCCGUCGCGGCACACCAGCAAGGCGCUCGCGGAGAAACGGCGGGAGAUCGAGGCGCUGAAGGCGGAGAUCAACGCGCGGCGGACGACGGACUCCGCCGGCGAAGCCGCGGAGAUGGCGCGCGCCGCCUUCGCCGCGGCGCGUCUCAGGCGCGUCCCAUGUCACACUGGUUCCCAUACGACCCCGUCGGCGUGGUGA